AUGAACUUUCAACGAUUAACGCAGAUCAGCAAUCCUGAUACGCGGAUUAGCGAGUUUGAGUACGUCAAUCCCUUCGUACUGAAGCUGGAGUUGGAUGAUACUUGGACGAAGCUGAAGACCUAUUUGAUGACGAUAUUUCUCCUGCCGAUACGUGCGAUCUUGAUGAGUCUAUGUCUGGUAGUGGCAUGGAUGUUUGCCUCGAUCGGCCUGUACGGGCUAACGGAAAAAGAGCGCCGCUCGAUACCGAUUUCUGGCUGGCGACGAGAAAUGCGUGAAUUAACGGCGUUGGCUAUGCGACUAUUGUACUUUUUUGGAUCAUUUCACUACAUCAAGGUGUAUGGAGAAUGUGCUACACCCCGUGAGGCACCGUUCGUAGUCGUGGGACCACACUAUAGUCUUUUCGACUCUAUAGUCGUUGCAUUCUGUGGCCCGUCAACAGUAGUGGCCAAGAGCAAAGCAGCUGAUUUACCCCUUAUUGGCAAAAUAAUUGACAUAACCCAGCCAAUCUACGUUUGCCGAGAGGAUGCAAAUUCGCGCCAUAUGACACGCCACCUGAUAGUCGAGCGCGUUAUCUCAAAGGAGGACUGGCCGCAGAUUUUGGUGUUCCCUGAAGGUACCUGUAGCAACGGAAAGGCGAUAGUUCAAUUUAAACCAGGUGCAUUCGGCCCUGGACUGCCCGUGCAACCAGUUGCAAUCCGGUACCCGAAUGCCGUCAACACGGUUUCUUGGACGUGGGAGGGACCUGGCGUACCAACCCUGCUCUGGCGCACACUGACGACCCUGCACACCAGUUUCGAGAUACACUUCCUGCCGGUAUACUAUCCGAACGAUCAGGAGCGGAGCGAUGCCAAGCUGUAUGCACUGAAUGUGCGCAACUACAUUGCGUCUGCAAUCGGCAUUCCCGGAACCGAACACGGACUCAACGACUGCAAGCUAAUGAACUACAUGAUUGCGAUUGGCAUGCCGUACUAUGCAUGGAGCCAUGACAUCGCAAAAAUGCGCAAAUGGUUAGGAUUAACCGAUGGAACUGUUGAGGAGCGUUUGGUCGAGCAGUAUGCACCAUUUACGGAUGAACAUGCCCAUGUUACACUGGAUGAAUUCGCGAGAAGGUUGGGCGUUGCGAGGGAAGACCACUCGACCAGAAUUUUGUUUAAAAUAUUCAACAAAGACAAGGAUACUUGUGGAUUGAUUGACUUCCGAGAGUACUUGCUGCUUGCGUUGUUCCUGUCCACGUUGGGGAAACCGAAGCUCGAGCUUCUGAAGCUGCUAUUUAAGCUGUACAGUGGUGCACACGGUGGUUUAGUAACCCGCGAAGGGCUGUACCGAGCCAUGAAAUAUCUUUCAACUGUAACACCAUCACAGUGCGACCAGCUUUUUGUGAAAGCAGAUAGUACAAACCGAGGUCUAGUUUCCUUUGAUCAAUUUGAGGCCAUUAUCAACUAUCACCCAGUGCUGCUUGAUUUGCAGGAACUGAACGAACCAAAGCCGUACGCAGCCCAACAACAGUCGCCGUCCAACUGAUGACACAUCACGUUACCAUCCGCUCCGCUGUUGUUCACGUAGCUUGUAGUUCUUAAUCUUUUAUUAGUGGUAUUAACAAUCUUAGAGAACAGAAACAGAAGGUGUAAAGCUUUUUUAAAACGGCGUGUUGGCGGGUCGGAUUCUAAGCAGGUGGCGAUCCGGCACCCGGAGCAAUAUCUAGCUGGUCACAUUGACGUCACACUCCUCGAUUCGACACACUAGCGGUACGUCCAACAGUCUCGGGAGGUGUCGCGGAGCGUGCACGGCUACAAAAUCGCCCACCAGCUGCCGUCGGUAGCGGUGCCACAUCAGCUCACUGAGAAACCAGCGAAAAAGACGCUCGCGCGGCGGCUGACGCUGCUCGAGAAAGAUCCGGACGCGGUUCCAGAUGUUGCCCCGGUUUUGCGGCUUCUCCAGCAGCCAGUAGCGCGGUAUCAGCAGGCACUGGACGCGGCUUCGAGCAAACACCGCCCGGUCUACCAUAUGCUCGCCGACCCCAAACACCGCACCGCUGCUAUACGUGGCAAUGUCCACGAAAUGGGACUCCCAGGGGCUUGAUGUGCGUAUGCUGAAAAGGUGAAGAAUAUUGUACAGUAAUGAACCCAAUUGUAAGAACUUGAAUAAGAAUUGUGCUUCACGCACGUCGA